GAGCUCCCAGACGGCGCUAGGGACAACACACGAGCGAGAGAAUCACAGAAAGGUGAAAUAUCUUUUUUUCAAAAUGGUUAAGAAACUGAAACCCGACGCGCCUGAUCCGCCCGGCCAGUUCCAUCAGCAGCAGCAGGAACAGAUACGGCGUCAGCAGCAGCAGCAACAGCAAGAGAACAUUCCAGACGAUUGGGUAAGAGGAAAUGAGAUAUAUAGCCUCAUCUUCAGUGGCCCUCAGUACACGGCCCAAGAUUCCAGACCUUCGUCGACUCUGCAGAAUACUCCUCAACAAACUUCUCAGGCAAUCCAAAGUCAGCCGCUGAGCCACCAGGCCAACCAGCUCCCCGCGCUGGGCGGACAGACAACCUCGAUCUUCCCCGUUCCCACCCCUCCCCAGAAUUCUUCCACUCCGUCUACGGGAGCGAACGCUCAACACGCACAGUUGCAGUAUGGGAGCGCAGAAGUCCCACAGCAACAGCAGUACAGCGGACUGAAUCAGCCAUCUUUCCGUCUGCAGUACUCGGGGCAGCCGCAGACCAACGGAGGAGCCAUAAACAGCCUUAUGCAGCCUGUUUCGGGCAACAGCCCCUCGCUCGUACAGCCUGUCUCGCGGCCUGGGGGUUCUCAGGCUCUCUUCAUCCCUCAUAACAUCGGCGGAAAGAGGCCGAGCGACUACAGCGAGCAGUACGGGGCUCCACUUAAAUGUACCGCCACCUCACCCCUUUUCCCUCAGGACUCCCCGGGCCCGGAGGCACCCCGGGGGCCCCUCGUAGCCCAGUUCCCUCAAAGGAAUAGAUUUGAGGGGAAUUAUGGCUUCAUGGUUACGUUCCCUGGGAAUUCGCCCAGAUUCAUUGUUAGUAACGUUGGAGAUCGACGUCAUAUCAAUACGGAGAAAAAUAACUACAUCACGGCGAUCAUACACCAUUCAGCUGGCCACCGAGCUUCGUUACGUUUCUUCAUCGUUUUCUCUCGUGACUCCGAUACAGCUCAGCCCGUGUUGCCUUGCAGGAAUCACCAGAAUGAAAACCAUCCAAACCACAUGCUAGAAGUGUCUGCGGGAAACGGCGAGGCCAGGUGGGACUACAUCUACCACCCUUCUGUCGUGGUGACUCCUGCUCCCGCUUCACGCGAAGAGUACAACGUGCAGCUGAGGUUCCUUUGUCGCAACUCCUGCCUGACUCGCAAGGACCUCAUGCUGAUUUGCCAGUUGGAAAGAGACGGCGUGGUUGAGGGGCGAGAGUGCCUGGAUGUCAAGGUGAGCGCAUGUCCUCGCCGGGACGUCCCCAAGCCCUCGGGGAACCCUUCGCCCCCGAAGAUGCUCCGGGAAGACCGCACCCAGGGGAGUCAUCAAGAAGGCUGCAGUGGCUUGGAUGAGAGCAUGGUUACUGUUCCCACUUUUGCUUUGGCUGCGUCUGCUAACUCAUUGGAGCAGGCAUUCGGACGAGCUCAGGAGUUCGGGGUUCUUUCAGCUCGCUUGUCCUUUAUUGACCAGCGGUUCAAGGAACUCCAUCCCGAGGAGUAUGAAAAAGCAAAGGAGGAUUUCAACACUCUUUGGGCCUCCAGAAUCCAGAAGCAUUAAUGUUGGAUGGUCAGCGUACUCUGGACCCGGAUCGAGUUUCGGCUCUAGCGUUUCCCUGGGUGAAUUCUGACAAACAUUUUUAUGUCUGCGUUUGUCAAAUCACUUUCUGUAUACUUCUUUCCUCUCCUACACCUUUUCCGUCACCUGCCACUUCCUUCCCAAUGUCCUCCUUCCCCCCCAACACACACAUGUAUGUAUUUGUAUGUAUAUGUGAAUAGAAACAGAAAGCAACUGAUUGUCACAACUUUGAAUAUUUGACAUUUUGUUGUUGCCAUGCUGCGAGCUAAUGAACACCUGCUUCCCUCUGCUACGAUAGUUGUUAAUAUCUGUACCACUGCUGUAAGAACACCUGUUGAAUGGUGUUGCAUGUGAUUUUAUUAGGUAAUGUUGCCGUUACUUAUCACCACUGUAACUCAUUUCUUUUGUAUUUCUUAUGUCCACUCGGAAAUACAAGGUUUCACACCUUAAUGUUGCUUAGACACUGAUAACAACAGUUAUUGGCAACUCUAAAAUCAUUUAAUGUUGCUUACACACUGAUCAGGGUAUUGGCAACUUUUCAAUCGUUUGCCAGGCUGAUAAAAAGCUCCGAGCCAGUGAUGGAAAGGGCAAAGUUAGGUGAGGCUUAAGCACACAGAGAUCCUCCAGCCCCGCCGUCUGGAAACAAGUGGAUCAUUAGUCGACUGAUGAUACACAAGGCGCGAAGGUGCUCUCCACACUCGGUUCCAAGUUGUGAGCAAAUGCCUUUUCUUGCUAAGGCAUCGGGCCUAACUUGACAGCUCUUUUUUUGGCUUCAGGAUGUACGAUGUCAACCAAAUUUGAUAAUUUACAGAAUUAGGUAUAAUAUAUGCAUUGAUAUUCUAAUAAAAUGGGUAAACUAAGCAUGUAUUGUAGGUUAGAUGAAGGACACUGACUGCACAACUUAUUUGACAGUCAUACAUUUAUGCUAUUGUUGUAAGAAUAAUAAUGAGAUAAAGGUUUUUCAUUUACAAUACAAUAGAUGAAAGAUUUCUAAAUUCUGAAAUUUCUGCAUUGGUUAAUGAUGAUUAUCGUGUAUCAGCGUAUACUGUCAUUAUUGUUAUUGUUAUACUUUUAUUAUCAUCGUCAUUAUAUGUGUCAUGAUUUUGAUUGCUAUUGCUACUUCUAUUCCUGCCAUCACCACCAUCAUCAUCAUCCACAACAUCGCCGUUGUUACUACUGUAUGUUUAUAAUAAAAAGGACAAAAAAUAUGAAUA